AUGGGCGAGUACAAGAAGACGAGAUGGACCGAGCUCGGCGUGGUUCAGUUGAAGGAGGACCUCGCCGAUGCCCUCAACUACGUCGAGGAGAUGCGUAACCUCAUCACGCUGCUCGAGAAGGAGGAUAAGAAGUUUCAGAAGAUGCCCUCUGCCUCGCUCGUGGCCUCCACACCCUCGCCCUCUCCGCCCUCUGCCGUCUCUCAUCUCAUCUCGUCCGCCCCCGUGCCGCUCCAUCCUCAAGAGACCAAGGCGAAGGGCCAUUAUUACGAGAAGGAGGAGACGAAAGAGAAGGAGAAGCGAACGAAGAGCAAGCGAGUGAAACGACCGUCGAAGGACAAGACCAAGAAGAAGGACAAAGAGCGAGGCGUCAUCAUGGACCGACUCAACAACUUCCUCUCCUCCAAUUCGUGA